CCUGUCCCCAGGUUGGUUUGAGUAAGCUAAAUUGUAUGAAGAGAAGAAGAACAUGUAGCUUACCUGUCCUUCACCAUCUCUAUUCUUUCACACAUUUUCAUGGAGGAGCAGCACAUAAAAGUGAGUCGACAGUUUUACGCAUUUUAGCUAUAAAUUGCGAGCUAGCUUGAAGUAAACCAGGACGACUGAGUGGUUAAGAUAGCUAUCCUCAAAGUUAUGUCAAGGUCCUGUCCUCUAUGAUAUUUUCUGAAUAAUAGCUACUGUAUUUACUAUGAAUUAUUACUGCAACUAAUGUACCGAAGAGAAGGACGUGAUCAUCAAUGGCAGUCAACGUGUGCGAUCUCCACAUGUGUCUGAAUAGGAGGGAGGGUUGAUCAAUAACUUUGUAGCUAGUUAGCUAGCAAGUUAGGCUAAUCAACAACAGUAAAUUACAGUAGCUGUCAGCUAGAUGCAGGUGUUACGUCAGUAUCUGUAAAGUCAACUUCCGGUUAGACAGAGAAAAGUCUACCAAUGAAUAAAUCCAUAACACAUGAUUGAUCAGUGGAAGGUGCCUGAUGACUCUUUUAUACAGCUACUAACUGUAUCUCUAGUGGCAGUGAUGCACAAAUAAGUAAGUGAUACGGAAUUGGCUUCCAAUAAAAAUACCAACAUACUCAAUCAUUCCUCGUGAAUCACGAUAGACUGUCCAUAUUUACAGUGACUGUCUCUCAGAGAAACUACUAGUCACCCUGUAUACAGUGGAGGCUGCUGAGGGGAGGACGGCUCAAAAUAAUGUCUGGAAUGGAGCAAAUGGAAUGGCAUCAAACCUCUGGAACGGCGCAAAUGGAAUGGCAUCAAACCAUGUGUUUGAUGUAUUGAAUACCAUUCCACUUACUUCGCUCCAGCCUGUCCUCCCCAAUUAAGGUGCCACCAACCUCCUGUGCUGUAUAGGUAGCUUAGUGGUUAAGAGCGUUGUGCCAGUGACCGAAAGGUCGCGGUCUAAUCCCCGAGCAGCGCAGGUGGACAGCAUGUCGAUUGCCCUUGAGCAGCACUUAACCCUAUUGCUCCUGUAAGUCGCCGGAUAAGAGCGUCUCUAAUGACUAAAUGUCAAAUGUAUAACAUGUUUUCUCUCCCCCAGACCUGAGGUCCUCUGGUGAGGCUGCUUUGGAGUCAUCAUGGUGGGCUAUGACCCAGGGUCUCAGGGCGCUACUCUAGCCCCAGAAGAUGCAGCCCUGGCUGGGUCGGCCGCAGGCAUGGUGACCCGAGCCCUGAUCAGCCCCCUGGAUGUCAUCAAGAUAAGAUUCCAGGUACAGUAAGCAUCAUCAGAUGGAUAUUAUUGUGGUGCAACUUUUAGUUGCAUGGCCACUUUGGGCACUAACUAACUACACAAUUAAAUGCAACAUAAUGUAGGCCUAAACAUUGACAGACAUUUUAAACUAUAUGUGGCCUAACCCUAGUGGUUCUGGUAAACAUACAACUCUGUUAUUUGUGCAUGCUAAUCUCUGCCCAGGCUUUUAUGAUUCAAACCAAAAAGCUCAGUGUUGUGUGCGACUCAGUUACAUCAAGUCCUGAAGAAGUUUUGUUUAAUUGCUACUGAACAUUGUUUGGUUGUACUGCAUUCUUUUGAUAUGAGUCACAGCACCACACCCAAACCCUCAGACACCACUGGGCAUGCCCAGUUCCUCACAACACACUGGUGGCCAUGGCAACACACACUGGUGGCCAUGGCAACACACACUGAUGAUGUGCUCAGCAUUUGCUGGGGAAUUGCUUACAACUGUGUGCGUUUGUCUGUAUGCAUGCAUAUGUGUAUUUCGUUCUACACAAUAAUGUCUAAAGCAGAAUGUCCUCUUUCCCUGUCUGACACUACACAUCCCUCCUUACAUUUUUUACAUUUUGCAGACGCUCUUAUCCAGAGCAAUUAGGGUUAAGUGCCUUGCUCAAGGGCACAUCGACAGAGUUUUCACCUAAUCGGCUCUGGGAUUCGAACAAGCGACCUUUCGAUUACUGGCCCAAUGCUCUUAACCACUAAGCUACCUGCCGCCCCUUGCAUCCACAGUUGCAGAUAGAGCGUGUGUCGUCCCAGCACCCCGAAGGAAAGUACUGGGGCCUGUUCCAGGCAUCACACUGUAUCCUGGCAGAGGAGGGGCUGCCUGCCUUCUGGAAAGGACAUGUCCCUGCCCAGCUCCUCUCUGUCUGCUUCGGGGCAGUACAGGUAUGGAACAUACACUGGGGCAUUUUUCCUAUCAGAAUACCCUGUUGUAUGUCACACAGUGUCGUAGUUGAAUGAAGUGAUGUCUGAGAGUUGUUUUCUGACUCAACUUGUCCCUAGCUAGCCUUUGCCCUGUAACGCCUCAAAAGCAUCUCUCACAUGGUAGUGCGUUGAUAGAUUAUUAUAUAGUCAUGUGCCUCACUUUUUUAUUUCUAUUUUUUUAUCACUGUGGUCUCCAUUGGGCUCCCGAGUGGCGCAGUGGUCUAAGGCACUGCAUCUCAGUGCUUGAGGCGUCACUACAGACCCCCUGGUUCGAUUCCAGGCUGUAUCACAACCGGCCGUGAUUGGGAGUCCCAUAGGGCGGUGCACAAUUGGCCCAGCAUUGUCCCGGUUUGGCCAGUGUAGGCCGUCAUUGUAAAUAAGAAUUUGUUCUUAACUGACUUGCCUAGUUAAAUAAAGGUAAAAUAAAAAUAAAUAAAAUAAAUAAAUUCAUAGCUGUGGUGUAGAACUAGGCACUGUUGUGUCUGGACUUUGUUUUUGAGGCUGUGUUUUUGUCUGUGUUUUGAAACUGUUUUCAUCUGUGCUUUAAGGCUGUGUUUUCAGGCUGUGUUUUGAGACUAUGUAUUCGUCCCUCCAUAGUUUGCCAGCUUUGAGUUCCUGACUGAGAUGACCCACAAGAGCACCGCAUAUGACAGCCAGACAGCAGGGGUGCACUUUGUGUGUGGUGGUCUGGCCGCCUGCUCUGCCACUGUAGCCUGCCAGCCACUAGACACACUGCGAACACGCUUUGCAGCUCAGGGAGAGUCCAAGGUGAGAGAGAAAGAAAAACCUACAGUAUGAAUCUAUUGAAAAGCUUUAGCUUCAUUGUACCGUUAUCAACAGCAGUAAUAGUCCAUUAACUGUGCAACCCAUAUUUUGGCAAGCACCAAAACGACAACCACACAAUUUCAACCAGUAAGUAAUUAUUUAUAAACUAAAUAUACAUUUAUAAUAAACCAUAUAUAAUAAUUAACUGUCAAUAAACUACUUAUAACCCCUUAAAAGGAUAGUUUAGCGAAAUUAUAUAUCUUUAUUUAGAUAUUUGUUUCCUUACCUUGAAGGCAGUCUAUGGACAAGGAGUGACUGCAAUCCACACUUUGGUUUUGUUAAAGCGUUAUCAUUUAAUCUUUGGCUUGUGCUACUGAUAGCUGUUAGCUAACCACAGGUAUAAUCUGUAACAUAGGUGUAUCGGAGCCUGAGACAUGCUGUGUCCACCAUGUACCGCACUGAGGGGGCCCUGGGGUUCUACCGUGGCCUGGCUCCCACACUGGUGGCAGUGUUCCCCUACGCAGGCCUGCAGUUCUUCUUCUAUAAGGUCCUCAAGAACCUCAUGGGACCACCGCCCAAGGACAGCAACGUCGGAGGUCAGUGGCCAGUGUAGGGAUGGUCAUGUUUUAAAUACACAACACUGUACAUAUACCAAUGACUGUUAAGGGUAUAGGACCUAGAAACUAGAAACUAGAAUAUAACCUAGGCUUGGCUUGUGUCCUAGCAAACAGGAAACUAACUUUGAAACUAGGGCCUGGAUUGUGCCCAGUACCACUGACUGAACACAUAAACAUGACUGAAGGAUAGGGGCCUAGAAACUACCUGAACAUUACUGCUUUUUUCCCAUUUCCUUUCUAUUGUAGGAAACCUCAGAAGCUUGGUAUGUGGAAGCUGUGCUGGAGUCAUCAGCAAGACAAUGACAUACCCCUUUGACCUCAUCAAAAAGAGACUGCAGGUGGGAGGGUUUGAAGAAGCCAGAGCCCACUUUGGACAGGUACAGUAGACAUCUCAUUACAUUGUCUCAUUCAGUCAUGUGCCUGACUGCAGGUCUUAUAUUAGAGCCAAGAUGCCUGUCAUACGGGGCUACCAUCUACUUGACAUUGAAGUGUGUUGUCUCUGCUUACUGUGUGCAGGUGCGGAAGUAUGGUGGCUUUGUAGACUGUGUGUCCCAGAUCGCCAGAGAAGAGGGUCUCCGGGGCUUUCUCAAAGGCCUAUCUCCCAGCCUAGUGAAAGCAGCUGUCUCCACGGGCUUCACCUUCUUCUGGUAUGAGUUCUUCCUUAAUGCAAUACAGAAUUUGAAGGGCAGCCAGUGAGUAGAGGAGCUCUGGGUAGAAGUUGCUUUUAGGCACAGAUCUAGGAUCA